UUCACUUUACAAUAUGAUUAUUUCGUUAAUUUUUGUUGCUCGUUCAGUAAAAAAUGAUAUCAUAAACAUUGAUAGAAUAAAUAACAAAAGCUAAAAGAAAUAAACUGAAUAUACCAAAUGAGAAAUCUAAUAUUUGAGGGCAAAAGAACAAAAUUUCUUAAAUCUUUUUGGAUACAAACUGUCAUUCUCCCUUCUUUAAUUGAAAGAGCUUAUAAAGCCAAGGCUACAACAGUGACUUUGUUGUUGGACAUAUUGUGCGCCUCUCGUUCGAUGUUUUAACCCCCUGCGCAUACACAGAGAGAGAGAGAGAGAGAGAGAACCGAUGGGAUCGUUUCUGUCGAGUUUGCUCGGUGGAGGCUUAGCUUCGGCCACUGAGGGCUCCUCAUCGUCGGAGUCAUCCCGCGUCAUCCCAUUCCACUCAUCCAACCGAUGGCAGAUCCACUUUAACGACUCCAAGCAAUCCAAUAAACUGAUGGUGGUGGAUUUUACGGCAUCGUGGUGCGGGCCUUGCAAGUUCAUGGAGCCGGCCGUCAACGCCAUGGCUGAAAAAUUCGCCGACGUUGACUUCGCUAAGAUCGACGUGGAUGAGUUAUCGGGUGUGGCGCAGGAGUUUGGGGUGCAGGCUAUGCCGACAUUCGUGCUGCUAAAACAAGGCAAGGAAGUGGAGAGGGUUGUUGGGUCCAAGAAGGAUGAGUUGGAGAAGAAGAUCAUGAAACACAGGGAAGUACCAAAAUUCGCUGCUUGAUUGCAAAAACAUUUCGCUACUAUUUGUGCUUUUCAAGCAGUAUAAUAUUAUGAUUAACAUAUAUGUAUCCUCUUGAUCAUCUGAAAGAAGAAGAAGAAGAAGAAGAAAA